UUUAGAACAAACUAUUCGAGAAAUUCCUCCAUUCACGAAGUUUUUUAUGGGGACAAUGUUUGGAUCAGCGAUCUUGACUGCCGCAAAGAUAGUUGAUCCUUACUCUUUCAUUAUGGAUUUCGAACUAUUCGUAUAUAAGUUUCAGAUUUGGAGAAUACUGACUUCUUUUACGUACGCAGGAGGCUUUUCUUUCAAUCUCUUAAUGAUACUUCUUCUAGCAUUCUUUGCAGUAGGAAAUGUCGAGAGGUAUUUUGGUAAAAGAGUUCAUGACUUUUAUUACCUUGUGUUGUUUGCUUGAUUAUCAAAUCUUGGUUUAGGGUAUCUACUUGAUAAUCAUUAUUUAUCAACACAGAAGUUUUUGUAUACAUUCUUGUAUAUUUACUGUAAGAGAGAACCAGAUGGCACCAUAACCUUUUGGGGUUUUGCAUUCAGAGGCAGCUCUUUUCCAUGGGUGUUAAUGAUAUUCAGCAUGAUAACUGGAGGAAGCAUUUUUGAAAUACUAGCAGGCUAUGCCAUAGGUCAUCUUUACGAAUUCCUCACUCAAAUCCUUCCCAAAGAGCAUGGCUACGAUCUACUACAAACUCCCACAUGGUUCAAAAGAUUCGUGAACUGGGUGGACAACUUCUUGUUUGUUCAUAAACAACCAGCUGGACAGAGGCAAGCCAAUAAUAUCAGAAAUCUAAACAGGGACGACCCAGGGCAGGAAUUCAACAACGCUAAUAGAUUUGGAGCCUUCAGAGGAAGAGGAGUUAGAAUAGGAGGAGAGUAAGGCAGAUUUAAGUAUUUUUAAGUAGUCAAUACGUG